UGUCCGGUUGUGGGCGGUGCAGCAAUAGAAAAAGAAAUAUGAGUAAAGUGUCGUAGAUAAGAAAAAUAGGACUUGAAAAUGUCAAUUAUUCAAGUGACAGGCAGUGGAAAAUCCGCUGUCAGUGACAGGACACCAUUCUAUGGUGCCAGAGUUCCCACUGAAGUAAAAUCCAUGGUGAAACCAUUGUCAAAGUUGGAGAAAAGUGUAUUUAGGAAAAUAUUGUUGUUGAUUGUUACAGCAGUUGAAGGUAAAGAUGUAGAAUAUAAACAGUUAAAGGAUUUAGAAAGUAAAGACUUCCAAGAAGAAACCUUAUGUGUUAUAUACUCAGGACUUUUAAAAUUAUUACAGUGUGCUUUGAAGCUUCCAACUGGAUCCUUAAAGCAAGAGUUGUUUAAAGAAGAUUUACAAGAGUUACAAAUACCAGAAGACUUUCAUACAGAUAUAGCAAGUGUGAUAUUUGGAAAUAGGAGAGCGCAGAUAGAUUGUGAGUUUUUGAAUUCUAGACCAAGGUUACCACAGUUAGACAGACUGAAGUGGCGAGUAGAUGUUGGAAUAUCUACAAGUGUAUUAAAUAGAGUUCUAGAACCUACUGUAUUAAUGGAAAUGACCCUUACAGAUGGUAAUAUACAUUCUUUUGAGGUUCCUGUAUCAAAGUUCCAUGAAUUGCGGUAUAAUGUUGCUUAUGUUCUAAAAGAGAUGGAAGAUUUAGAGAAAAGAAACAUUUUAAAGAUCAAAGAUUGAUAUGCUGUAUCUGUAAUGUCAUGGUGUUGACUUGUCAAGUGAAAAGUACAUUUUGUGCCGUUUUACACUACUGAUACACAUUGAUGGUUUUAUAAAAGGUUUACAUUCCAGUUUGUGAUAGAGUCUACAGUACACUGUGGAAAGUUGACUUUCAUCUUACAUCAGUUCAAGUUUUGGAUUGACUAAGAAAAAAAUGAAUUUCCUGAAAUUGUUCUUUUUUUGAGUGAGUUUACAUAAUAUAAUGGUUAGUUGGAUACCUCGUAUGGCAUCAUUGCGUCUGUGUUUGGAUACAUCCAUGAUUUUGGAUGUCCUUUGUGACAUUUUAAGCUUUUGAUGACGCUGGGUACAUCCAUGAUAUAAGCAAUAAAGAUUUAACUUCAGGUGUACUUGGUCAAGAUUAUUAUGAAUAGCGAGUUUAGUGCUUGUAUGUUUUAACUUUCUUACUUCCUGCAUGUAGUAAAAGAACGUAGAAACCAUUUCUUCAUUUCAUUCAUUCAAUUAAAUGUUGAUUUUUAGGCUUUUGUAAAUGUUAUGGUUAUUAAUUUGACUCAUCUAGGGGGCUUCCAUGGUUGAGUGGUUUAGGUCACUGGUUUAAAAUUACUUGCCCAUCACUGUGCAUUCAAAAACCUUGCUACGGUUCAGAAUUCUUUAAUAUGAAGCUUCAGUUAUCCAGCUGACUCCUGGAAGGUUGGUGGUUCUAACCAUGUGCCUGCCUAUACAUGAAACAUUGCUCGGAGAAGAACCUGGAAUUUUCCUCCACCAUCAAAAGUUGGAAAGUCGCAGUAUGACCCAUUGUGUUGUAGUGACAUUGAACCAACAAAAAACUGAACAAACAAAACAAAAAUAUCUUUAUCUCAUCUAAACUUUUGUUUCAUUACCUGUUAUUAACAUUUUUUAAAACUUGAGAACAAAAGAUUCAGCAUACCCUACCCAUUUCUGACAGAUGGAAUAGUUUUUAGCUCACCUGUCACAUAGUGACAAGGUGAGCUUUUGUGAUCACCCUUCGUCCGUCGUCCGUCCGUCCGUCAACAAUUUCUUGUCUGCACGAUAGAGGUUUCAUUUAUGAUUUUAUUUUAACCAAACUUGCACACAACUUGUAUCACCAUAAGAUCUCGGUUCCUUUCUUGAACUGGCCAGAUCCCAUUAUGGGUUCCAGAGUUAUGGCCCCUGAAAGGGCCAAAAUUAGCUGUUUUGACCUUGUCUGCACAAUAGCAGCUUCAUUUAUGAUUUGAUUUUAACCAAACUUGCACAAAACUUGUAUCACCACAAGAUCUUGGUUCCUUUAUUGAACUGACCUGAUUCCUUCAUGGGUUCCAGAGUUAUGGCCCCUUAAAGGUCCAAAAUUGCCUAAUUUGGCUUUUGCAGCCAUAUAGAGACUUCAUUUAUGGUUUUAUUUUAUACAAACUUCCAAAAUAUCUUCAACAACAAUAAAUCUUGGAUUCCAUGACAAAUCAGAUCCAGUCGUAGGUUCCAGAGUUAUUUCAUAUCUUAUUACCUCCCCUGAUUGUAAUCAAAAUGGAUUUAUAUCAGUAAGUACUUAUAGGACUUAUUUGAAAUUUCAUUAUUGUCAUUAGUUGGACCGAGUUAAUGAGGGUAGAUAACUAUGGACUGAUUUUAUGUCAAUUACCUCCCUUUAUUUCAAAUUUAAACGGGUAUAUCUCCGUAACUAAUGAAGAUACUGAUCUGAAAUUUCAUUUAUGUCAACAGAUUCAUUUGGCAGAUCCUUCUUUUGUUAACUUACAGUCAUUUUUAGCUCACCUGUCACAAAGUGACAAGGUGAGCUUUUGUGAUCACGCGGCGUCCGUCGUCCGUGCGUCCGUCCGUCAGUCCGUCCGUAAACUUUUGCUUGUGACCACUCUAGAGGUCACAUUUUUCAAGGGAUCUUUAUGAAAGUUGGCCAGAAUGUUCAACUUAAUGAUAUCUAGGUCAAGUUCGAAACUGGGUCAGGUGCGGUCAAAAACUAGGUCAGUAGGUCUAAAAAUAGAAAAACCUUGUGACCUCUCUAGAGGCCAUAUUUUUCAUAAGAUCUUAAUGAAAAUUGGUCAGAAUGUUCACCUUGAUGAUAUCUAGGUCAAGUUCGAAACUGGGUCAUGUGCCAUCAAAAACUAGGUCAGUAGGUCAAAUAAUAGAAAAACCUUGUGACCUCUCUAGAGGCCAUAUUUUUCAUGGGAUCUGUAUGAAAGUUAGUCUGAAUGUUCAUCUUGAUGAUAUCUAGGUCAAGUUCGAAACUGGGUCAGGUGCGGUCAAAAACUAGGUCAGUAGGUCUAAAAAUAGAAAAACCUUGUGACCUCUCUAGAGGCCAUAUUUUUCAUAAGAUCUUAAUGAAAAUUGGUCAGAAUGUUCACCUUGAUGAUAUCUAGGUCAAGUUCGAAACUGGGUCAUGUGCCAUCAAAAACUAGGUCAGUAGGUCAAAUAAUAGAAAAACCUUGUGACCUCUCUAGAGACCAUAUUUUUCAUGGGAACUGUAUGAAAGUUGGUCCGAAUAUUCAUCUUGAUGAUAUCUAGGUCAAGUUCGAAACUGAGUCAACUGCGGUCAAAAACUAGGUCAGUAGGUCUAAAAAUAGAAAAACAUUGUGACCUCCCUAGAGGCCAUACUUUUGAAUGGAUCUUCAUGAAUGUUGGUCAGAAUGUUUACCUUGAUGAUAUCUAGGUCAAGUUCGAAACUGGGUCACGUGCCUUCAAUAACUAGGUCAGUAGGUCAAAUAAUAGAAAAACCUUGUGACCUCUCUAGAGGCCAUAUUUAUCAUGGAAUCUGUAUGAAAGUUGGUCUGAAUGUUCAUCUUGAUGAUAUCUAGGUUAAAUUCGAAACUGGGUCAACUCUGGUCAAAACUAGGUCAGUAGGUCUAAAAAUAGAAAAACCUUGUGACCUCUCUAGAGGCCAUACUUUUGAAUGGAUCUUCAUGAAAAUUGGUCAGAAUGUUCACCCUGAUGGUAUCUAGGUCAAGUUUGAAACUGGGUCACAUGCCGUUAAUAACUAGGUCAGUAGAUCAAAUAAUAGAAAAACCUUGUGACCUCUCUAGAGGCCAUAUUUUUCAUGGGAUCUGUAUGAAAGUUGGUCUGAAUGUUCAUCUUGAUGAUAUCUAGGUCAAGUUUGAAACUAGGUCAACUGCGGUCAAAAACUAGGUCAUUAGGUCUAAAUUUAGAAAAACCUUGUGACCUCACUAGAGGCCAUAGAUUUCAAUGGAUCUUCAUGAAAAUUGGUCAGAAUCUUCAUCUUGAUGAUAUCUAGGUCAGAUUCUAAACUGGGUCACAUGCCGUCAAUAACUAGGUCAGUAGGUCAAAUAAUAAAUACCUAGUGACCUCUCUAGAGGCCAUAUUUUUCAGUGGAUCUUCAUGAAAAUUGGUCAGAAUUUUUAUCUUGAUGAUAUCUAGGUCAGGUUCAAAACUGGGUCACGAGCUCAAAAACUAGGUCACUAUGUCAAAUAAUAGAAAAAACGACAUCAGGUGAGCGAUUCAGGACCAUCAUGGUCCUCUUGUUUUUUUUAAUUACUUCCCAUUUACGUUACUAUAAAUAGCUUGUUUUUAGUAACUUUUUUAUUAUUGGCCGUAGGGAAAAACCCAGACCACUUUUCUGUGGUACAACAUGGAUGGUACCUCCAAUUUUUAGGUGUUUAGGUGUAUUUUGACAUAUCUGUACCUUGUAAGAAUUUUUUUUCUUUUUGGUUUAAUUUCUUCCCUUUGUUGUUCCUGUCCUUUGGACUUAGAUAUUUUUUCUGAUGACCUUGUCCUCAAGUGCAAUGAUAACAGGUGAGCGAUAUAGGGCCAUCAUGGCCCUCUUGUUUCUUUAGCAAAAGAUAAAACAUACACGUGUAUUGGGUAAAAGUAAAGUACUUCCAAAAUAUAUUAAAAACUGCAUUUUUGUCACUAUUUUUAUUCUUUAUCUAUAUUGUAAGUGGCACAUACUUUUAACUUGAUUUUCAUGAGACAAAUUAUUUUCCAAGGUAGUUUCAGAAAGGCAACAUAUGUAAAUUUCCUUAUCCAACAUUUUUACCAAAAACUAUAUCAACUAAAGGAAUGAAAUUCAUUUAAAAUUCUUAUUGUUAUGGAUUGUAUGUUUGUGAACAGUAUGUAAACUAGAUGUACCGCAGUGAAUUUUUUUCACUUUACUCAAAAGGCAUCAGAAACACUUCUAAAAUGAUUAAUAAAAUUAGUAUUUUGAUGUUUUUUCUGUGUUUGUAUUUAAUACCAAUUUUAAUUUUGUUUUGUUAUUUCUAUAUACCAUGUCAGAUAUACAUUUGAUAUCAAACAUUUUAUGAAUAUAUGUCUUUAUUAUUGUCUCCUGAACAAGUAGUUUUAACUUCGAAAAUAUAGAAAGAGUACAUAAAGUUUCUGUGAGGCAGUCGAAGAGAGAAAAUGUGGCAGAAUCAUGUUUUAUUUAAACACAACAAAGAGGUUGUAUGCAUGUGGAAUGAUUUCACAUGGGCAUAGCCCAGGUGAAUUAUUCUAUGUAGCAUAUAACCUACUUGAAGAUCUUCAAAAUACCUUGAUAAGUGUUUGGUAAAUCUCAAAAAAAAAAGAGAAGUUUUUGAUGGUGUAUUUUCCAUGGUAAAAUUCAGCCAUUUUGGAUACCAGAAAGUUCUAUAAUAUAAAUUUUGGCCAUAUUUGUUGAUGGAUUGUUAGAAAAGGUUCAAUAUGUCUUACUGUAUAAGUGGUUAAGUUAGCGAGGUGGAAAUAUUGGCGAAUUUCGUGAAUUGAAAAAAAUCGCUAACAUUUUCUCCAGCAUAAAAAUCGGUCAACCCAUCAUGAAAACACCAGUAGUAAACGAGAGCAAUUGACCCUCUGCCUCUGUCUGUACACCAUACACAUUUUUAAAGCUGCCUUUUUAGGCCUUAAAUACGUCAAAUCAAAAAAGCCAAAGUUGUUUGGUUAUAUUUCAAAAAUGAAAAGAUUAUCAUAAUUUCAUUAAAUUCCAUUCAUUUGUUGACAGAUACAAAACUAGCAAAGCAGAUUAUCUUAAACUGACAUAGGCAAGUGUGGAAGCAAGAAAACAUAGUUACUGACUUUUAAAAUUGCAUUUCACACCUUUACAAAAUGUAAUAAAAGGAUUUACUUCAAUGUACAUAUUCUGCUUUCCUUAAUAAAUAUUAGUAUGUUUCCAAGUAAAUAUUUUUUAUAGUAUGCUUUCAAGUAAAUAUUUUUUCUAUAAAGAAAAGACAAACAGCAUAUUCCGUUAUGUGUAGCACAUUCUUUUAUUUAUAAAUGAAAGUUCACUUGCUCCAUAUAAGGGAUAAUAAGGCUGUCAUGCAGCAAAAAUGUAAUUUUUACGCCAGACAUAUAAGUAGCUCUUAUGAAAAACUAUUUUCACGCAAGUUGGAAAAUGGGAAUAUGCUAAUAUUUACGCACGCCAAAUGUCUGGAAUUACCAAUUCGCUGACUUUUCGACCUGCAGAAAUAACCACUUAUACAGUUUUAAAGUAGCGUAUGAUAUCUACUUAUAUAAGAGUGAAAAAUGUAGAAUUUUCUCUUCUUUUUUCCCCCAAAAAAAUUUGAUUUGGCCUGUUUUUUUUUUUCACAGAGAAAAUAUAUUUUUUGUCUGAUUUUUACACAGGGACAAAUACAUUUUGGCCAUAAAAUUGAGAUGAUUCAAGAUAUGAAUUAUACUACAUCUUGCGUAAUAAGCAGAAAUUUUAGAAAAACUGUUACAGAUUUAUUUUUCUUAAAGAUUGAAGUUGUUUCAAUGCUUUUGAUGUAAGUAGUCAUUAUUUAUUGUUAGGUUUGUACCAGAUGUGUUUUUUUGGAGAGUAUGAGAAACAGUGUAUAGUUGUACAGAAUUAGCAAACAAACAUUUUAUUGAAUUUAUAAUUAUGCAAAUAUUCAUCCCAUUUAGCAUGUACAAAAAUAAAAAAAAAUAGCUUAUA